AGUGGGACACCGGAGGAUUGAAGAGGAAUUCAUCACAAAGAGAGUCACAUAUUGUGCAGCGAGAUAAACGUCUUAUUUCUAGUAGAUAAACCUGUGAAACAAUGGUGAGAUAUGUUUCGAAAAGGAAAGAAACGUCACAGCAGUAGCAGUUCUCAAGGCAGUGAAAUCAGCACAAAAAGCAAGUCAGUAGAUUCCAGUUUGGGUGGUCUCUCCAGAUCUAGUACAGUGGCUAGUCUUGAUACAGAGUCCACAAGGAGUUCAGGACAGAGUAACAGUAACUUUGACACAUGCACUGAAUUCCGAGUGAAGUAUUUGGGGGCUAUUGAAAACUUAAACUCCAGUUUAUUUGAAUGUCUUCAAGGACCACAGGAUUUGAUUAAUUAUAUUGAUUUGGCACAGCAAUAUGGAAAACUACCCUUUAUACCGUCCGAAGAGGAGAGUAUUUUAUACGUCUCCAAAUACGGUAUCAAAGUCGCAUCCUCUGAUCAAUUUGACAUUUUGCACAGACAUCCACUUUAUUUGAUAGUGAGAAUGAUCUGUUAUGAUGAUGGUUUAGGAAUGGGAAAAAGUCUCCUUGCUUUAAAAACGACCGAUGCAAACCAGAAUGAAUAUAGUAUCUGCGUGUAUCAGUGCAAUAGCUUGGAACAAGCUCAAACAAUCUGCAAAGUUCUAUCCACUGCUUUUGAUUCAGCACUUUCCUCAGAGAAAUCCUGACAAUUAUUCUCUUAACAAUACAUUUGGAUUCAUUGUUGUUUACCUUGUUUAACUACCUUCAUCUACUAUUGUUGCCUUAGAUUUAUGAACUAAGUGUUACAAAUUCUUAAGUUUGAAGAUGUCUGCAUUUCAAUAUUUUCAAUAAAUUGAGAAAUAAUUGUCUGAUAGUACUGUGCAGGCUUAUAGUUUUAUCGAAGUCUGUUAUUGUUCUACAUCACUAUUUCAAUUACAGCGUCAAACAUCCCCAUACCUCCUUGAAACUGCCUUAGGUUU